AUGAUUCGAUUCUUAUUCUCGUUGUCAACAUCGGUGCUCUUCUGUCUCAUGUGGAAGAUUUCGCCGGAUCCAAAACAACCUCAAGAAAAGAUCCAAACUAUCCACGUUUCAGCUCCACGAUCGCGACAUCGCGACCACGCCACUUCGAACAACUCUUUGACGUGGAGCCCAAACAAAACCAGAGGUUGCAAAAGUCGAAACCAAGAACCACUCGAGACCAUGACCAAAACAUCAGAAGCAAAGCCGUUUCAGCAUCUGCUUGAUCAGAAGGACCUUUGGACAUUCUGUGAUACCGUGGACAAUCCACCCAAGGUGUGGAAACCGAAUCAAGAAAAUAUAUGGGUAGAGGGGGCAGCAACUGCAUCAGAUACAUUCUUCAGUGCUGCCUUCGUCAAUGUCUCCUGUGCCAAAUACUGGGAGCUUGAUAAAGACGAGGAUGCCAUGAGUCCAUGGACAGCUGUCUGUCAGGAGGCUGCAAGCAUAGGGAGCCUGCAAGUUCUUCAGUGGGCACACAACAAGAAUCUCCCAUGGAAUGAAAUGACAUGCAAAGAAGCUGCCAAACAUGGCCAUAUGGCAGUGCUAAAAUGGGCCAGAGCCAAGGGAUGUCCAUGGGAUGAAAUGACAUGCAAAGCAGCUGCCAAACAUGGCCAGUUGGAAGUGCUAAAAUGGGCCAGAGCCAGUGGAUGUCCAUGGGAUGAAUCAACAUGUGCAGAAGCAGCCUUUUGGGGACACUUGGAAAUUGUGAAAUGGGUCAGAGCUGGAGGUUGUCCCUGGGAUGAAUUGGUAUGCCACUACGCUGCUGGAGAAGGCCAUUUGGAUAUCCUAAAUGGGCACAUGAACACAAUUGCCCAUGGAAAAGAAUUACUUGCAUCACUGCAGCUGGAAAUGGUCAUUUAG